UCUUUCAACUGAUGGUGGAGGUGCUGGAGCUGUUCUCGGAAGACGCGAAGCGCCCGAAGUAACCUAAUUAAACCAUCAAACUGAACACUUUUUAACGGCCAUGAUAUUGGAUUAUACCCAAAUAGGAUAGGAGAUCGUCCCAAGAGAACGAACAUGCUUUCAAAUGCAGGAUUCGUCGUUGGAUAAUCGAAACGCGAAACGGUUACCCGAACCUAUAUAUAACUAACAGGAACGUUUAGCAAUACAAUUUAAGUAUUUUGACAAAAGUGUUAUUGUGUAUAAUGUCUGAUGCAUGACAUAGAUUAGAAGUCAGUCAUGCAGAAAUCACAGAAUCAAAUAGCAAUCUCAAAAGCCUAGUAUGUUAUUGAUCCCAGCAGCUCUAUAAGGCACUGACAGUGUUUGCAAUACUAAAAUACUGUCAGUUCUACGUACGUAGAGCAAUGUUACGAUUUCAUAGAGGGACACAAUGAAAUAAGGAAGUAGAUAUACAGACAAAAUAGGUUUAAAACAAUAAAUAACCACCAGAGAUACCACUAAGGCUAAAUCAAUUAUACGGAAAUGUGAUAACUGCCAGGCAUACAGAAGAUUCAGUUGAUCACGAUUCAACGGAUAGAGGUUGAGAAAUUAAGAAAAAAACUUUGACAAAUAAAAUGAUUCAUUUAUACACAGUGGAACUAUGUUGUUGGAACAGGGAAACAAGUGAUGGGCCUGGUUCAUAAUGCUCAUAGUAGAUAUGACACUUGAAGAAGAAAUAUGAGUCAAUCGUCAAGAAGAGGGCGCAAUUGCAACUAUCUGGAUACCAAGCGCCCUUAAAGAAAGAAAGAAGAAGAGUAAUACACAUUUGGGAAGUCAGGAAGUUUGGUCGCAAUUGGUUUUAGAUAAGGACUCAAAGUCCACACCGUGUCGUUUAGUGCGAGCCCGUGCAUAGUCCGAGCAAUCGGCAGGAAUGGCUAAGCUCAGGGCAGCUUCCAUAGAUGGAAAGCUAUCUCAGGAGUUUGCAGUUCCCUCUCACGUCGAUGAUGUGAAAGAGCUGAUGUCUGCCUUUGCUGAGCUCCACGGAUCUGCCGGUCGCAAGGUGGUUCUUAUCACAUCCGGUGGCACCAAAGUCCCCCUGGAGUCCCGCACCGUUCGCUUUCUUGAUAACUUCAGCAGUGGUCGUCGAGGAUCUUCCUCUGCGGAGUACUUCCUUGACUCCGGCUAUGCGGUGAUCUUCUUAUACAGACACCGCUCACUGUACCCCUACACACGCCUUUACUCCGGAAUAAACCUACUCGAUACUCUACAGCAGGGAAGUGGUUCUGACCAAGUGGUAGUCAACCAGGAGAAGCUUCCCAAAAUAGACAAAGUGCUGAAACGUUAUCAGCAGGUGAAAAAAGAAGGACUUCUUCUGCCUGUCGAGUUCAGCACACUGUCCGAAUACCUUCACCUCCUGAAAGCAUCAGCUCAGGUUCUAUGCACAUUAGGGCCCAAGGCAAUGUUUUAUUUGGCCGCAGCAGUGUCUGACUUCUAUAUCCCAGCAUCUGAUAUGCCUGAACACAAAAUCCAGUCAUCCAAUGGGCCUCUUCAGAUCAGUAUGAAAAUGGUCCCAAAGAUACUGUCCCCGCUGGUGAAGGACUGGGCACCGCGGGCGUUUGUUAUUUCCUUCAAGCUAGAGACUGACAAGUCAAUUUUGUUGGACAAAGCGCGUAAGGCCCUAGAAACCUACAGGCACCAGGCAGUGGUGGCCAACGUGUUGGAUACCAGGCGGGGUUAUGUCGUGGUGGUGACCCCCGACACCUCAGCUGAGCUCAUCCUCACGGACGACGAAGAGAGCAAGGAGGUGGAGAUCGAGGAGAAGAUAGUCAGUAAUCUGACGGGGGCGCACACUCUUUUCAUAUCCAAACAGGAUGGCCCAAGCUAAAUUAUUUUUGGAGUGCAAUGACCUGUUUGUCUGUGCCCCAUUCCACAUAUGGUAUGCAUGAGUAAAUUCACAUCCUGAAUAACUGUUCGCAUCUGUUUAAUGCCAUUGUCUGCCUUUGUACCCAGUCAUUACCAAGUCUUCUGUGAUGUACAAGUAACUGCAUAAUGCCACUGUGAAAUAAAGGUUAUCAGAAAAAGUUUA